AUGAUGAAUUUCGCCCGGAACCGCCAGUACCUGGUUCUCGUGUCGUGCAUGCUGUUCAUCCUGGGCUUACUGCUCUACCUGCCCCAGUUCAGCAAAACUACGAGCACGACAUCGGAAAAUUGGGCACCACCAAGCCCGAAGCCAAGUACAGAGAUCCCGCUGGAUGGGCAAUGGAGUUAUCCUCGUGAUCGGGAUAAUUUGCUUCUAACGUCGGGCCAGUGCGAUGCUGCGUUCCCGGAAUUAUUUGUUGAGAUUGAGCGGGCGAAGAAAGUUAGGGCCUCGAGGCCGAUUACCAUUGCUGAGCUUGAUUCGAUUCAGCCGAAGAAUGGUUUUAUUAGGGCGAUGAUUUAUGAUAUGCAGCUCUACAUAAUAGCAAAAGAAGGCUCAAUCUGGUCCCGCGAAAUCGCCACGCUCGCCGCUAUAAAUCGCGCCCUCGUAACAUCCCCGGAGCCUCUCCCCAACAUCGAAUUCGCCUUCAACACAGACGACCGCAUCGAGCCCGUCGCACUAUGGGGUUACGCCCGACAAUCAACCGACGAACUGAUAUGGUUAAUACCAGACUUCGGGUUCUGGUCCUGGCCGGAGAUAAAAGCGGGAUCGACGAAGGAGAUCCUUAUGAAAAUCGAACAGGACGAGCGAAACAGCGUAACGAAGUGGGCGUCCAAACCGGCAAUAUUAUUCUGGCGCGGCGUUGCGAGAAUGGGGCCUGAGAUUCGGGAUAAGUUGUUGUCCGUCACGGCGGGGAAGAAGUGGGCUGAUGUUAAGGAGUUGGGGUGGGGUGAUGAUGAGAGUAUGAAGAAUGAUUAUAAGACAAUGCCGCAGCAUUGUGGGUAUAAGUUUAUUGCGCAGACGGAGGGGAAUAGUUAUUCGGGCCGGUUGAAAUAUUUGCAGAUGUGUCGGAGUGUGGUUGUUUCGCAUACUUUGGAUUGGAUCCAGCAUACUUAUCAUCUUAUGAAAGGAGAUGGUCCGGAGCAGAACUUUGUCGAAGUUCGGCGGGAUUGGGAGGAUCUUGAGGAGAAGAUAUCUUGGUUGAGGAAGCAUGAUGGGGAGGCGAAGCGCAUUGCGGAUAAUAAUGUUCGCAUCUUUCGGGAGAGGUACUUGACGCAGUCUGCGCAGGUUUGUUAUUGGAGGAGAUUGAUUCGAGAGUGGGCUUCUGUUAGUGAUUUUGAGCCUGAGUUUUAUAAAAAAGAUGAAGAAGGCAAGGAUGUUUGGAGAGGUCUUAGUUUUGAGAGUUUUAUGUUGAUGCGGAAGAUGGAGUGGCAGACUUAG